AUGAGUGAUCCGUUCGGGAACUUUCUGGACGACGAUCUCUUUGACGAGACGACGCCCGUCGCCGACGACGCCGGCGCCGCAGGCGCCGCCGGUGCCGCCGCCGGCACCGCUACUGGCGCCGUCGCCAACGCCACGGGCACCGCUUCUGGCCGCCACAGCCGCCGGGCGCUGGCCCAGAUGACGCCGCUGAUGGCGAUGCCCCAGUACGACCUGCUGAACCCGUUUGCCUACUCUCAGCAAAGAAUGCCGCCGGGGAUGGGCCAGGGUCUGUUUAGCCAGUACUCGCAGCCGUACCACCAGGCGCCGCCGCCAGGCAUGGGCUACACUCCUAGUUUCGGCAUGCUGCACCACGGACUGACCUACGGCAUGGUGAUGCCCAACGGCACCGGGGGAGCGAUGCUGCUGCUCCACCUGAUGGGGGCGCACCUGAUGGGGGGCAUGCCUCCCCAGGGUACGGGCGAACCCCGCAAGAAAGGGGUGCUGUUCCAAGAAGAGCCGGUGUACCCGCAACUGAUCUACCACCCGCAGUUCCCUCAGCAGCAGUUGAUGGACGAGAUCAACCAAUACGAGCUCGAGCGGUUUGAUACUUACGACACCAACGGCAACCCCAACCCCAACUUGCGCCACCUGGAGUACAUGCGCCCUUAUUCGCUGAUGAUGACAUUUACUGGGGAUGACUACAUGAUUAACCCGUUACAGGACGCCGACGACGACGACAACUUGGACCCUUUCGGCGACGACGACUCGUUGUUCUCGGAAACUGGCGAGGAGAUUGUCCGUCGCGGUAACACCAUCAAGCGCUCGGGAACUGUCGGCCGUAAAGGUACCUUACGCUCGCGUAAGGACGGUACCUACUACCAGGACGACUUCGACAACUUUGAGCCCCGGCUUAACUACACCAAGACCAUCAAGAAGGCGCGGUUGGUCAACGGUAAUUACGUCAUCGACGCCCCCGUGCCCAAGGCGUUGCUCGACACUUUCGGCAAGAAGAUCACCGACGGUGGGCGGGAAAUGCUGUACAUGCGUUACACCGGUGUCACCUGCGGUCCUCUGAACUUCAUCCACUAUAACUACUCGUUGCGGCAAGAGUUGUACCUGCCGCCGAGAGAGACGGAAAUCUUUGUUGUGAUUACCAUGUAUAACGAAGACGAAGUGUUGCUUGGGCGUACUCUUUUGGGUGUAAUGGAAAACAUCAAGAACCUCACCAACCGGGCCGACCCCGUGUGGGGUGAGGACUCGUGGAAGAAAGUGGUGGUGUGCAUUGUUGGUGACGGUCGUGUCGAGUUCAACAAGCGGGCCGAAGCCUUGCUCACCGCGUUGGGUUUGUUCCAAGAAGGGUAUGCUAAGUCUAAGGUUAACAACCGCCAGGUCAAGGCCCACUUGUACGAGUACACCACCACCGUGGGCAUCGACGCCGUCAACGAACGUGUGCACUUGAACAACAACCUGACCCCCGUCCAGUUGAUGUUCUGCUUGAAGGAACGCAACUCGCGGAAGAUUAACUCGCACAGAUGGGCGUUCCAGGCGUUCUGCCCCAUCAUCAACCCUAGAGUAAUCAUGUUGUUGGAUUGUGGUACCAAGCCGGCGAAGGACGCGUUCUUCUACCUCUGGCGGUCGUUCCGUGACCCGAACGUCGCCGGGGCGUGUGGGGAAAUGCAGGCCGCCUUGGGGCCGGGGAGAAAGUUGCUUGCCAACCCCCUCGUGGCAGCGCAAAACUUUGAGUAUAAGAUUUCCAACAUCUUGGAUAAGCCUAUGGAGUCGGUGUUUGGCUUCAUUUCGGUGUUGCCUGGUGCGUUCUCGGCUUACCGCUGGGACGCUCUUUUGAACGUUAACGGUGAAGGUCCUCUUGAAAAGUACUUUAAGGGUGAAUACUUGCACCAAGCCACCCAGGUGGCCCCUCUCAAGGAGAAGAAGACGAAGGAUGACGACGAGCUGGGCACGUCGAAGGACACUCAGGACGGGUUGUUUGACGACGAGGCGCUGAAGGCCCCUCCCAAAUUUGAAGACCAACAGCACGGUGUCGAGUGGCACGACGACGAAGACGACGAGCGCGCGGUCAAGGAACGGAACUUCCAGGAAGCAGGCAUCUUCACCUCCAAUAUGUAUUUGGCCGAAGAUAGAAUUCUUUGUUUUGAGUUGGUGGCGAAGAAGGACCAUCACUACAUUUUGAAAUACAUUAACGAGGCCAAGGCCGAGACUGAUGUCCCCGAACAGAUCGACGACUUCGUGUUGCAACGUCGUCGUUGGCUUAACGGGUCGUUGUUCGCCGCCUCGUACGCCGUGUUCCACUGGACGAAGAUCUGGAAAUCGAAGCACUCGCUUUUUCGUAAGAUGUGGUUGCAACUCGAAUUCUACUACCAGUUGGUCACGAUCACGGUGUCGUGGUUCUCCAUUGCUUCUUUCUUCCUUGUAUUCAGAAUCUUGACGGUGAACUUGGGUGCUGAUGACAUGAACUUCAGCGCCGGUAAGUAUAUCGCCGUGGUGUUGUUUUGGUUCUAUAUUGCUGCAGUCGUAACAUCGUUCGUGUUGGCGUUUGGUAACACCCCUCGGGCGACGAAACGGAUAUACCAGUUGAUCGCAAUAUGUUUCGCCGUGCUUAUGGCGUACAUGAUGUUUGCUGCUAUCUAUCUUGCCGUGAAGACUGUCAUCGGCGUGCUUAAAGAUUACGACGGCAAGUUCGUUGGGGAGAUGUUGUUCACCAACUACAAGUUCCGGGAUCUUUUGCUUUCAACGGUAUCGACGUACGUGCUUUACUUUGUUGGUGCCAUCUUGUACGGGGAGCCAUCGUUCAUGUUCACGUCGUUCAUCCAGUAUGUGUUGUUGUCGCCCACUUACGUCAACGUGUUGACGAUUUACGCCUUCUCCAAUAUCCAUGAUGUCUCGUGGGGUACCAGAGACCAGGCGACGGCGAAGAACCUCGGUUCGGCCAAGACUACCGGUGAAAACAACGACUUGGUGAUGAUUGUCCCCGGGGUGUCGGAAGAAUUAAACGAACUGUACAUGAACACUCUUGAAGAGUUGCGUGAAGUUCCGCCCCAUGUCGAACAGGUGGUCGACAAGAAGAAGCGCGACGACGCCUACUACGCGUUCGUGCGGACGAUGACGGUGUUGGUGUGGAUGCUCACCAACGGUAUCUUGAUUGCCAUUGUGUUGCGGACGGCCGGGGUCGACGUGUUCUACGGUACCGCCACCACGCUCAACAAGGACGGUUCGUUGGGUGGGAACACCACCGUGUUCUUGACGGUCAUUUUGUGGAUUGUCGCCGGGUUGGCCGCGUUCAGAUUCAUCGGGUGUGUGUUGUACUUGCUCAUCAAGAUCUUCCGCCCCAUCACAUGGAAAUGGAUCGCCCGCCGGGAAAUGAAGCGGGCGAUGAAGGCAGAAAGCCACCGGGCGUUGGAGCAGGAACAGGAAUAA